AUGGGUGGUCUUUUGGAUGACACCUCAAAACCCGAGGCCCUGUGUCACAGCACGUGUGACACGAUAAUGAUUCUUCUACGCUCAAUGACCAUAAGCGCCGAGCAGGUGGCGUUCGGUGAGUGUGGUGAAGGCAGUGGUGUAGGUGAGCGUGGUGAAGGUGGGGGUGUAGGUGAGCAUAGUGAAGGCAAUGGUGUAUGUCAGUUUGCUUAUAGCGGUGGUGUGGGUAAGCGUGGUGAAGGUGGUGGUGUAGGUGAGCAUGGUGAAGGUGGUGGUGUAGAUGAGCGUGGUGAAGGUGGUGGUGUAGGUGAGCGUGGUGAAGGCGGUGGUGUAUGUCAGUUUGCUUAUAGCCAUGGUGUAGGUAAGCGUGGUGAAAGCGGUGGCAUUAGUGAUGGUGGUGAAUGUGGUGGUGAAAGUGGGCGUGAUGAAAGUUGUUAUGUUGGUGACCGUGACGAAGUCGGUGGUGUAAGUGAGUGUGGUGAAGGGGAUGGUGUGGGUGAGCGUGCUUAA